AUGACGAGCUUAGAAGAAAAAUUUACGGGUGAUGUUGCUGGCCUAAAGAAGAACAUAGGACAGGUGACAGAAGUGGUAAACGUCGACAUCACUCCCAGUCGGAUGCACGACCACCUAUUCACCACAGAAAUCAUGGCGCUGCCUCUUCUAGACAAAUAUCGGUCGCCACCGAUCCCACCAUAUGAUGGCAGAGGGGAUCCAGACGAUCACCUAGAAAUGUAUACAGGGCACAUGCUUCUACAUGGCUGGAAUAAACUAAAAGAAGCCUUCUCCCUCCAGUUUAUCGGAGUGAAGAAGUAUGUCCCUCCAAAGCGGAACUUAACGACGAUUUACCAAAAACUGAACGAGUCAUUAAAAGAAUGGCUUGUAAGGUACAGAGAAGCUGUCGCCGCCACAACAGAUAUAGCUGACCAGGAGGCCCUGAUAGGGGCAAUGUCCAGCAUGAAGAAAAUCACUCCUUUCAAAAGGGACCUAAACCGGAAGCCACCGUCGACUUACAAAGAAUUCCUAGCACAAGCACAAGGAUACAUCAACGCCGAGGAAGCUGACGCAAACGACCCUGAACACAGGGGUCAAAGAGGUGUUCAACCAAGUCAGACGAGGGAAUCUGUUACGCCGACCCGAACCUACGGCGACGUCAGCCAUAACACCAAUGAUUGCGCCGACCUUAAGGAUGAAAUCGAGCGGGUGAUCCUCGAAGGAAGGCUGCAAGAGUUUAAGGUAGAGCGGAGGCCAAGGAAUGACGGCCACGGCGGCCAGAAUGACGGUCGACGCCGAGAAGAGAAUCGACGUCCAGAGAACCGAGAACCCGUCGGUGUCAUAAGAACAGUCUUCAGCAGUCCGUAUAUCGGAGGAGACUCGAGGAGGUCCCAAAAGGAUUAUACCCAUGAGGCCAGAGGGGUAUACCCGGAGAGGUUUUGGAAUCUCUCAACAGUAAAAAUAGCAAGGUACAACAGUGCUGAUGUGGCAUUCAACGAAGAGGACACAAAUGGGGUCCAUUUCCCCCAUAAUGAUGCCUUGGUAGUAGAAGCGAUAAUCGGGAACCACACCGUAUGCAUAAUCCUGGUGGAUAACGGGAGCUCGGUGGACCUCUUAUACUCUGAUUGCCUAGAAAAAAUGGGGAUCCCCAUGGAGCAAUUAGAAAAGACAUCCCGACCGUUAUACAGGUUCGCUGGGGAUUCUGGCAUCCCCAAGGGAACUAUCUGA